AUGGUGGUAGAUCAAGCAUCAUUCAUAACCAGUAGAGAAAAUGGCUUCCACACUAAAAAUUCAAUUGCUUCUUCUUUUCCUCUUCUGGUGUUCAACGGCAUUUCUAUGUCUUGGCAUCCCAAGUGAGUACUCCAUAUUAGCCUUUGAACAUAACAAGUUACCUUCAGAGGAGAGACUAGUUGAGCUGUUCCAAAGUUGGAAGGAGGAGCACCAAAAGUUCUACACACACCCUGAAGAAGCAGCAUUGAGGUUGGAGAAUUUCAAGAGGAACUUGAAACACAUUGUAGAGAAGAAUGCGAUGCGAAAUUCUCCCCACGGGCACGUUCUUGGAUUGAACCGGUUUGCUGAUUUGAGCAAUGAAGAGUUCAAGAAUAAGUUUAUUUCAAAGGUGAAGAUGCCUUUUAACAAGAGGAAUAGUCUCACUAGCAGUGGCUUGCAUCUUAAGGAUGAUUCAUGUGAAGAUGCACCUUCCUCUUUAGAUUGGAGGAAGAAAGGAGCUGUUACUGGUGUCAAGGACCAAGGAGAUUGUGGUAGUUGCUGGUCAUUUUCUUCCACUGGAGCCAUAGAAGGAAUAAAUGAAAUAGUCACGGGGGACCUUAUAAGCCUUUCGGAACAAGAGCUUGUGGAUUGCGAUACUACUAAUGAUGGAUGUGAAGGAGGCUAUAUGGAUUAUGCUUUUGAAUGGGUUAUAAACAAUGGUGGGAUUGACACAGAAGCUAAUUACCCAUACACUGGUACAGAUGGUACCUGCAAUGUCACCAAGGAGGAAACCAAAAUUGUUACCAUUGAUGGGUACACAGAUGUGGCACAAACAGAUAGUGCUUUGUUGUGUGCCACUGUGAAGCAACCCAUAAGUGUUGGUAUAGAUGGUUCCUCAUGGGAUUUUCAGCUGUACACUGGUGGCAUCUAUGAUGGAGAUUGUUCAAGCAAUCCAGAUGAUAUUGAUCAUGCAGUUUUGAUUGUGGGGUAUGGGUCAGAGGGUGAUGAAGAUUACUGGAUAGUUAAGAAUUCAUGGGGAACAAGCUGGGGAAUGGAAGGGUACAUUUAUAUCAGAAGGAACACUGAUUUAGAAUAUGGAGUGUGUGCAAUCAAUGCCAUGGCUUCUUAUCCAACCAAACAGUCCAGUACUGCACCAUCUCCAAGCAGCACUCCUCCUUCACCACCAUCAUCACCACCGCCACCACCACCACCUCCACCACCUCCGCCGCCGCCUCCUUCUCCUUCACCAAGUGAUUGUGGAGGGUUCUCCUAUUGUCCAGCUGAUGAGACAUGUUGUUGUCUCAAUGAAGUGUAUGGCUUCUGCUAUGAUUAUGGUUGCUGUGAAUAUGAGAAUGCUGUGUGCUGCACUGGAACAGAGUAUUGCUGCCCCAGUGAUUACCCCAUUUGUGAUGUUGAAGAGGGACUGUGUCUCCAAAACUAUGGAGAUUCCGUGGGAGUAGCUACUAAGAAGAGAAAAAUGGGGAGGCACAAGUUUCCAUGGACCAAAUUUGAGCAAACGAAAAAGACACAUUAUCCACUUCAGAUAAGGAGGAAUCCAUUUGCUGCAAGGCGUUGAAUCUGAAGAUUGUUAUUGUCACUCCUUGAUGAUAUUUCUAUCAUUUUUACUAUCUGUUUGUAGCAGCAUCCCUUGUGCUGCCUGAAUUUUCUCUGUAUUUUGUACCGUGGAUUAUCUAUCUCCUGCUUUUUUCUUUUUUCUUUGAUGGGAAAUUUCUCCUCUUUUUAUAAGACUGGCCUCUUUUUAUAAGAGGACCCAAAAAUUAUUAAA